AUGGAAAUUCUAAACCAGAUCACAGUUCUCGUCUCGAACCCUCCGCAGGGUUCCGGAAACCAUAGGAGAUUGAGGAAAGGCUUCAACCUAGCGACAGCCGACACGAGAGGAUUCAUGAAUUUCAAGGCGUUCUCGAAAGCUAUCAGAUAUCCGCUCAAAUUGGAGGUUCAGAGAAAACUUUACGACGAGCAUUUCAGAGGAGGUUUCGAAAACCGAGGCCUCGACUACCACCAGUUCCUGGAUGUCCUCAUGAAGCUGUCAGGCCGACCGCGCGAAGAUCGGAUCAAAGAUAUUCUGAACUUCUACAGCGACGGUCGGGGUAACAUUUCAUUCGAGGACUUCGAGAACAUCAUUGCGGUCGCCCUGCAGCAGAUCGAUUUCCAGAUCGGUGAAGUGGAGCUUCAUCGACUUGUCGAAACCAUUCUCAAAGGCAGACGUCCUGGAGGCUAUAGAGUCGAAUCCGUCCGCGAAAUUAUCAGACAGUGGAACAGCCUCGAUAGAAGAAUCGGAGACAUCCUGUACUUGGCGCUAUUUCUAGAGCCGAAGGUUCCCCUGAACACGACUAAACACAUCAACCGUUAUCCGAGUAUUUCUCGACCGCGGUCUUCGGCGUCGAAAUCGUUUUUCGUUUUCGUCGUCGUGUUGUAUUUCUCCGCGAUAGCUCUGCUCACAGCGGCUGUGUGGCUACACGCACGUUCGAAUCCGACAGCCACGAGGAACGCUUGUGAAAAACGCCACUUCGAACUAUGGAAGUCCUCCCUGCUCAAGCUGAACGAGACUCAUCGGGUUCCCGAGAUCUCGAGCGGCGCCGGGACGGUCCCUCAGCUGGAGAGCGAGGAAUACAACAUAGCCAAGAGCGUUGUCACGGAGCUGUUGAAUUUCCACCUGUUCCUCGCAUCUCUGCUCACUCUGAAGUUCGUCAAAGUUGCGCUCUGUCAGAAGCCUCUAUGCGCUUAUCUGAGCCGUGAAGACGUCCGUUUGGUCCUCUGGAUGGUCGGCUUCUCCAUAAGUGUUCUGUGCGCAGUCGAAUACGGACUCCUGAGCUCUCGGGUGGACCGUCGAAACGUUACAUCGACGUACUCGACUCUGGGGACAUUUCUGUUCGAGAGUCGGAUGCUCAACCAUGUUGCAUCAGUGACGAAGAUCUUCAUGAUAGGGAUCACUCUGCUCGUGAGAGUCCCAGGUAUCCGAAACAGACUCGUCCACUAUGCGUUCGACGUCGGAGAGCCGAACCUGAACGUUUUCAUCGCGACGCAUUUGCUGCAAGAGGAGUCGUUCCUGAAGUGGGCUGUUCCUCUGAUCGUGACGUACGCUGUCGAUAGCUACCGGUUUUGGAAUAUCGACGAAACGAUCCAGAGCCUCCACGCCUACAUUAGCUCGACCAGCGGGGGACUCAUCUUGACAACGAGCGGCAAACAUUUGGAAUUCGAACUGGGCGACGUCUACUUCCUCAUCGUGAACCAGGUAGCCGUGAGCAGCAUCGUUCCCGCGUGGAUCAUCUCCUCGCCUUCUGACAAAUCGAGUCUGAAGCUUCUCCUGCACGAAGGUCAUUGGCAAACUAAGAUUUUGAGGCAACACCUGAAGAGAAUCAUGAAUGGACAGGGCAGCUGGAAUGUGCUGAAGGACGACGACGACGUACGCCGCGAGAGUCGGACCGUCAAGAGAACCCAGGGACCGGACGACGGGGUCACUCAGAAGCUGCGGCAGAGGAAUACUCUGAUCCUGUCCUCCGACAGCGACAACGACCCCAAUCGAUCCGAUUGGCCGCAUGCGACCCUGAUGCAAGUAUCUUCGAACCUGAAGGCUCGGAUCAAAGGUCCUUUCAAAAGCGUGAAUUUCCUCAAAUACUCGAGAUACUCCUCGAUGAUGCUGCUCAUAACUCCGAAAUCUGCCGGGGCUGUCAUGGCGUAUCUUCAACAUCACUCGGAAACGGAAUCUCAGCAGAAAAUUGUUCUGUUCUUCGCCGCUACGGAGUUCCGUCGCGUCGAGUGGUUCGUCGCGAAUCUGGUUCGUUUGGAGAUUCGUCAGAUGGAGCGACAUCUGAGGCAUGGCGACCAGGAUCGGAUGAGCUGUGGGUCGUGCCGUAUGUUUUUCCGCAUUUACCUCACUUCGGCUACGAGCGGGCAAGAUGCUCGGAUAAUGUGGGUUCAGUUGGGCAUGGCUGUUCUCGCCGAGGGGAAGGCCCACCUGGUCAAGAACUUACAGAAGUCUCUCUACCCGGAUCUGAAUGUCGUUGCAAUCGACAAGGAGCUGUUCCAAGACCUCGAGUUUGUGCUGUGUGACGUCGACUUCCCUUACGCCGAUGCUUUCUUGUCGUUGUCAGAGAAUGCCGACACCGAGAUAAGGCACUUUUGA